UGUAAGGUUCAUGAACUUAAGAAACUCGUAGCGGUGGCUCUGGUGUACAGCUAGCGUUAGCAUGCUAGCCGCGCGAAGAAAAUGAGAGUGUUUGAAAAAUUGAGCCUACAGCAAGCACCGUGUCCUGCAAAGAGAGACCAAAUAUAUGUCUCCACGUAGGAAAUAAACCAUGAUCACCACUGAGGCUGCAAGGGAGUUCCACGCCAAAGAGCGCAAGUACAAAGAGCAGCUCAAGAGAUGUUUAUCAUCUGCUUUGUCUGCAGACCUGCUCAGGUUGCUGGAGGAGGAGCUGGAGGCUAAUGUUUGUCUGUGUGCCGCCUCUGGCUCACUCCAAGCACACAGAGCUGUGCUGCUGGCCAGAGUUCCCAGUGUCCUGCAGGGACAGAUGCACAAAGACCCCAACACCAUCCAUCUGCCUGACUAUGAACUGUCUGGGCUGAAAGAUUUCAUCAGGCGGGUGUACACAGCAGACCAGAGCAUGCGCUCGGCUCAAAUAAUCCCACACACGGAGGGCCGUGAGCCAGAAAGUAUGGCGUCUGCUCCUGACCCAGCAGACCUUCAUAGUUCCACUGACUCAGACACUGUUGUUCUCGAGCCAGCGUCGGGCCUCGGAGCCGACUUGCUGGAUCUGUACACGAGGGGAGAGCAGUGUGACAUCACCAUCCAAGUGGCGGAGCAGGUCUUCUCCUGCCACAGGGCAAUCCUGUGCGCGCGGUCACAGUACUUUCGAGCCAUGCUGAGCGGGAGUUGGAUGGAGAGCUCCAGACAGUGCAUCACUCUGCAAGGCUUAGGACCGGAAGAGAUGGAGAUCCUGCUCCAGUUCAUGUACGGGGCAAUUGUAGAUCUGCCCUCCGGAGCCAGCGCCAGUCAGGUGGUGCUGGCAGCAGACAUGUUGGGUUUGGAGGGGCUGAAAGAUGUGGUGCAGAUGGUUCUGACCCGAGACUGCUGCCGCUUCUUCCCCAAGCCAAUUGACGGGGUUCAGAGGACGGUCCUGGAGUGCCUGUCCCUCACACAUGCCGUAGGACUUCACAGCCUCCACAUGCUGUGUAAGAGGUGGGUUGCUGAACAUUAUGUGAAGACCUGGUGUGAGAGGAACUUUUCCCUAUUGCCUCCUGAACUCCACAGAGCCUGUUUAACCGCUGUAACUGAAACCAUGACUGUGCAGAACGCUGUAACCAUGCUCUGCGGCACCGAGCAGCUGAUCGGAAGCCUCCCAGAAGUCAAGUGGGCUCAACAGGUGAGGAGUCUCGCAACAGAGCUGCAAGAAGAAAGCUUGCAGGUCAUCGUCCAAAACCUCCCCAGAGUCAUCUGCACGCAAGCCUUCCAGGACCUAUGCAGGAGGGAAGAGUUGACCCGAGAGCCCACCUUGUUGAAGAAGCUGUGUUCAGCUGUUAAAGAAGGCGUGACUGUGGACAACUGCUGUGAACUUUUCACCGCUGUGCACUUUCUGUGUGGAGACGACGGAGAGGACGACUUCCCCUCGGAGCAGGGAGGGCAAAGACAAGAGGAGCCGUUCAGGCGAGAGAUUUGUACGCUACGAGGGCGGCUGUGGACUUUCCUGCUUCAGACCUUUUACGCCGUCCGCCACACGCAGGGAUGGGAGACCCUGUCGUCCAAACACAGAGAGAGGAUACUGGCAGAUGCUAUUGAUAAAGGGGACAGUCGGAGACUUGGUAAAAAGCCUGUAUUCACUAGCUCACAGCAGAGGGCUGUGAAAUGCCCUUCAUCUGCACCUGAGAGUCCUCCUGUGCGCAGGACCCAGAGGGCAUCCGACUACGUUAAUUCUUCCUCCCGUAGCACUGCAUCAGCCAUGAAGUCUGAUGGACUGGGGACGGCUAACAAAGCGGGGGACGCUCACACGUCCAAGGCGAAGAAUGUGAAGAAGCCAGGAGACCGGAGUGUCGGAGCCAAAGCAAAGACAUCAUCAACAGGCGCACCGGUUGUCAACGGCACGGGAGCCACGGGGGCCAGGCGGGAUGUCGCCAGCGCCAACGGCCUCAGAAGCUCUCACGGGGCUAAAGAGCAAGACAAGAAGCCAAACCCAGGUGCGAGACCUAAAACCUCUCCCCCAAGCUGCACGUCUACGAGCCAGACAACGUUAAUGAAGGCUCAGAAGAGCUCAGCAGGAAAGGCUGAUGGUACUGCUGGCACCACCCAAACUCAGCCCAACGCUUCAUCCACAUCAGGCAGCGCCUCACCAGAGAACGGUGCCAGCAGCCCUCGCAACGACUCCCACUCCAUCCCAGGAGCAAAGCCCAAACAGACUAAAGUGGCGAACAAAUCCCUGCUGACAAAACCUCAGAAAUCCGAUUCAACAAAGACCAGCAGUCCUACCAAUAAGUCAAGCGUGAGAGAAAGUGGCAAAGUAAAGACUGCGGCGGAGAAAUCAUCGACGGCAGCAAGAGCAGACACCAAGGGAAGAAGUACACCUGACAGCCACGUCUCCAAGCAUGGACCCUCCAUGAAAAAGCCUUCUUCCCCCAAGAAAGACGACAGCAAGGAUGGGUCGAAAUCCUCUGCACCAGACAAAGCAGCUAGUGAAGCGCCUAAGAAGAAGAUCACAAAACCAAUUUCAACAACUGGAGCUUCAACUAAAUCGAGUACUAAACCAGCAAAAGCCUCUUCAGCCCUCUCCAAGCAGCCUUCAGUAACAUCUGCCAAGUCGGGACCAAAGCUGAAAAGUACUACUGAAUUGUCUUCACCGAAAUCUGUAGGAUCUCCCAAAACCUCAGCUGCCACGGCCUCUAAAAAGCCUGGAGCUAAAGGAAAAGAGGCAGCAGGUUGUAAAACAGAACUUGCUUCAACUGAAAAAACUGGUGAUGCUGCAGAGCAAAAAGCUGGUACAGAGCAAGCACCCUCUGAGCAGCCACCAAGCCAAAUUGGAGAGGGUUCACUUAGCCUCUCUAAAGAAUCAAGCCCUAAGCAGAGUCCUCAGAAAACUGAAAUACAAUCAGGAAACACCGAUGAGGCAGAAGAUGAAACCAGCCUUACACCAACAGCCAACAACAUCCCCCAUCAUGUCAGAUUUGUUACCACAGAUGCUUGCAAACAGUCUGAGGGGAAUAAAGGGAAGCAGUCUCCAAGCAGUGUCAUCCCUGCUCACAUCAGCGGAGGGCAAGUUCACGAGGUCAGGUCGCCGAAUUCGCCGAGAGAUACCGAACGCCCAAUAGAAACACCCUGCAGCAUGGGGAGCACUGAUACUCCUUUGGAGGACUCCUGGAGUGGCAUCCACCAUCAGGUCAGCCCAGAGUCUGAGACCGGCAGCACGCACACCACUUCCUCCGACGACAUCAAGCCCCGCUCGGAGGACUACGACGCCGGGGGAUCGCAAGAUGACGACUGCUCCAAUGACAGAGGCGUGUCUAAAUGCGGCACCAUGCGCUGUCACGACUUCUUGGGUCGCAGCAGUAGUGAUACGAGUACCCCCGAGGAGUUAAAGAUGUACGAAGGCGGGUCCGGAUUGAGAGUGGAGGUGCAUUUGCGUGGGCGAGAGGCAGAGACCACCAGUGAGGAGGAGGGAGUAAGACAACGUCCCCGUUCAUGGUUGCAAAGAGACGAGGUUGCUUUAGAGGAGGAGCACUCAGAAAUCGAGGCCACAGUUACUGUAAAGAGCGUCCCCGACCACCAGCUCUUCUCCUCUGAGGAGGAAGAGGAAGACGACGAUGAAGAGGAGACAGAAGAUGAGAGGUCAGAAGUUGAGGUGGUUCCAGGUCAGGACCCGACACCACCCACUGAUGCCUCACCUAACUUUCAGGGGAUCGUCAACCUAGCUUUCGACGACGAUGGCGUGGAACAGGAUAACGAGCAGCCCGACUACCAAUCAUCUUCUAACUUCCGGCGGUCAGUGUUGCUGUCUGUCGAUGAGUGUGAGGAGCUGGGCUCAGAGGAGGGCGGCGUCCAGACUCCACCUCAACAGGCCGGCACUGUAACCCCCUGUGAUGUUUUCGAGUCUGAUUCUACAGCUCCUCAGUCUAAUCAUGCCCCUUCCAGUAACCAACAGAAUCAUGUUGAAAAUGCAGGUAUGAAACACAAAAAACAGAACGGGGAAAAGGAAGAAAAAUCCUCCGUAUUCCUUACAGAGAUUCAGGAGCCUGUGCAGGAGGAGAGUUAUCACAUUCAAGCAGACGGAGUGAAGUCCAGCGGCCCUCCCCUGGACACCGACACUAGAGAAACCCCUCCCCAGGAGCGGCCAUGUCACCUGGAUCUGCGGCACACUGAACAGUACAGCAAUGGAGGGCUGCGAAAAAAUCACACUCAUCCCCCAGAAAGCAAGAAAGCUGAUUUACAUCUAGACUUAAAUGAGCCUCAGCUGACAGGGGACUCUCCUGUACAUGCUGCACAAUCUCCAGCAGGUAAUGUAUGAUCUUAGACCCCAAAUCCAAUCCCAUCUUCUUUCCCCUAAACUCCAUCAGUGAAGGUAUAGUUUAUCCCUGCAAGAUUCAUUCUCCUUUGCUAUGACCCCUAGACCUUACCUAUGUCCAGCAUAUAUAACUAUCCCUCUCUCAGAAAAAGGAUAUUACUCAGCAUACUAGUUUAGUGACUAGUUAUAAACACAAGUUCAAAUUCAAAUUAAAUCAGUAGUCAUCAUUUUCAUAGCUAAAAGCUUGCUCUCAUUUCAACGCAUUGAAUGUAUAUCUGUUGUAAAUUUGAAUUUGCAACAUUAAUAUCCUUUGAAACAAUCAAACAGUUAACAUAAACAGUACAUUUUAAACAACUGAAUUACCUUUAGGUAGAGGCAUUUAAGCCUUGGUAACUCAGUUUACACAAAAAGGGGAAAGCAGAGUACAUUUCACAAAGACUGAUCAUAGAAUUGUAUUUGUCAAAAAGAAUCUGCCUUGUGACAAGGCCUGUGACAUAGUUAUUAUACCAGUGCACUUUUAUGUACAUACAAAUAAGAUUUUUUGAUUAUUUUUGUCAUUUAUUUUAUGCAGUGGAACAGUCUUUUUAAGCCAUAGAUAAUUUGACAUUGUCGAAGGCGCUAUAUAUAGCACUUGAACAUCAACAUAUCAUCUGAAAAUGGAUUGAUUUGUUGGUACAGUGUGAUUACUUUGACAAUUAAACCAUUGCUGGGAUAAUUCUAUAUCAUUCUGCUGAUAGUGAUAUUGAUCAAGCUUGUGUUUCUUAAAAUGGUUAAGAUUACAUUUACCACGAACACCAUCGCAUCUUAUCACAGAAGAUGUUGCUACAGCGAGUCUCUUCUUUGUGUUUCCAUGUGUGUCGCUUUUUUUGUUUUUUUGCUUUUUUGAAAAGGAUAAAUAUGUUUGGUUGGCUUUUCAUUCUCUACACCGUCGGCAUUUUAAGAAACACAAACUUCCAGCCCCGUAAGCUACAAGCACAUCUUGACAUGGUGGUACACAAAGUCAGAUACAAUGUAGCGUCACUAGAUGGGGCCGGGCCUCUUGGUGAUGGUCUUUUUGUUUACAGUAAUUGUACCAACAUGUCAAUAUUCAUUUUGAAAGAUUAGCUGAUGUUGAAACGCUAUAUGUUGCCCCUUUUUAAAAAAAAAAUUGUGUUCAAGUAAAUGACAAGCAAAUAAUGAUUUUUUCAAAUUUCUGUAGAGUGACAACCUGACAUGAAGGUCAAAUACAACAUGUUUGUACAAAACAGACGACACUAAACUGCCACUGCUUCUCAGAAAAGUGUGUUUUGCUGGGAAACUUUCCCUUGCAUCUCCUUGCUGUUGUUUAGCUUUAUUUCUAUUGGAGAAUGUACCUGUUCCUGAGUUUUUUUGUUUUUGUUUUUUUUUCCGUUUUGCACUGCACACAUGCAUGCUACUAUUAAAAUUAAUUUGUUAUUCCUUUACAUCCAUCCGUUAUUUUUUGUAUUUUUUUUUUUUUUUUCAUUUGCCAUUACCUUAUGUCAUGCCCAGUAGACCUGUGUCUAGAUAUGUAGAUGUCCACCUUUUUAAGAAAACUAUGUUCUGUUGUCUAUAAGCUUUUGUUCAGUAGGUUUUGUGUAGUGUCAGUAGUCGCCUCUGUAAAGUAUGUGAUGUGUUUCUAGGGCAGCUGUCAUGGUUCUGCCAUGUCUCUCUUUUUUCACAGUCAUAUUCAGAAAAAGAAAUCCUGCUGCACCAUUACCGAGGGUAUAUCCCCACGCAAACAUGUCAAUUCUUUUGUCACUUCAUCGUUUGCUGAAACUGUUAAAAGUAGAAAACACAAAAAAGAAUGUCAAAAGAAACUUGGUGGUGUGCCAUUUUUGUGCUACUAAGUAAAUCACUGUUGCUUGCAUUUAGGGUUUUUUGUGACAGUACUGUUCUUUAGGUCUGCUCGUUCAAUGACCUGCACGUAAACCUCUAAACAUAUCACUGGUACUUACUGACAAAUACAAAGUUUACUGGUGCUGGCAAUGCAUGGCUUACUUUGUUUGAACAGGUGGAUAAAGAGAUGCAUUCAGAAAAACAUCCUCUGUGCAUUACCUUUAAGGCAACUGUCUACCCUUGACAUCAUUCUUUCAAGUGAUUGGUGACUGAAAGUGAAUCAUUUACUAUCAUUAAAUUAAACUGUAUGACUAUAAUGUGAAAGUCAAUGUCACCUCAUCCCCACUGUGCUGUCUUCAUCUGAUGUCACUGUGGGGAAAGGACACAGUUGCAUUAAGGGUAAAAUUUCAGUAAUCUGUUUUAUUGUAGUGGGCAGUGCUUAGUCUCUGAAAUUGAAAGAAAAAAAAGAACUGUGGAGGAGUGAAUCAUUUUGUCAUUUUGCAGUAUUGUCAAUUGUUUUUAGGGGACAAUGGUUGUGACAGAUUGGAUCAAACCUGCAAACAUGACCGCCGACCGUCCAA